GCCGUCGCGGCGACCGGAUCCGUAAGGCGAAGAAACAUUUUACCGCAAGAGGCGACGAGGUUGACGAUGGGGCUCUUGAAGAUCCCGUUCUUACUGAUCUCGCUCGCCGCUUUCUCAUCCACUCCAGCAGCCGCGCUAAAAAAACGAGGCUUCCAGGAAAUGGAUGGUACACUAUUUAGCUGGCUGUUACACAAGGACUCCCAACCUCAAAAAGUGGAGUCUCUCUCUCAGGGAUACAUGAGUAAUGUCGACCUUAAAGAGGCUAUCAUAGAAAUUGGUCAAAGAUGCCAUCAUAUCUCCAAUAUUUAUAGCAUUGGGAAGAGCGUGAAGGGAUUUCCGCUGCUAGUAAUAGAAUUAUCUGACAAACCGGGCCAGGAAGAAGCUGAGCCUGCAUUCAAAUUUAUUGGAAAUGUUCAUGGAGAUGAACCUGUUGGACGAGAAUUACUAGUGCGCCUUGCCAAUUGGCUGUGUAAUAACUAUAUGAAGGAUCCCUUGGCAACAUUGAUUGUAAAAAAUGUCCAUCUUCACAUUCUCCCAUCUAUGAAUCCUGAUGGAUUUGCUAUGAGGAGACGUGGCAACGCAAAUAAUGUGGAUUUGAAUAGAGAUUUUCCUGAUCAGUUUUACCCUUUGAAUGAUGUGUUGGCCGAGCGGCAACCUGAAACAAAAGCAAUUAUAAAAUGGGUGGAAGGACGACAAUUUACAGCCUCUGCAAGUUUACAUGGGGGUGCACUUGUCGCAAAUUAUCCUUGGGAUGGUGCUCAAGACGGAAGUUCUAGGAAGGAAUAUUUUGCAUGUCCUGAUGACAAGACAUUCCGCUACAUGGCAAGUGUGUAUAGCCGCUCCCAUUAUAACAUGUCCUCAAGUAAAGAGUUUGAAGGAGGGAUUGUAAAUGGCGCACUUUGGUAUCCUAUUUAUGGUGGCAUGCAAGACUGGAAUUACAUAAAUGGUGGCUGUUUGGAGUUGACAUUAGAGAUAAGUGAUGAAAAAUGGCCUAAAGCUGAUGAGCUGCCAACACUUUUUGAAUACAACAGAAUUAGCAUGCUAAAUCUCGUUCGUAGUCUUGUAAAGGCAGGAAUUCACGGUCGGAUAUUCGCAUCAAACAAUGGUCGCCCUUUACAAGCAUCUGUAAAGAUCGAGGGGAUUGAUUAUGGAGUGAAUGCUGGCAGGAUAUUUGGUGAUUAUCAUCGCAUGUUAGCUCCUAGAGAAAGCUAUGAAGUCACUGCUUCAAUGGCUGGAUUCAAAACAAAAACUACAAAUAUUUUUCUGGAGGAUGAAGCUGUGAACUUAGAUUUUAUACUGGAUCCGGCAGAGGAAUAUGCAGGAAACCAUGCGUUGCUCAACGGAAUUGAUCACAUUAACUCGGGCUUUCUGUGUUUGAAUUUGUAUUAUUUUCCUAUCAUCUUCCUUUUAUUCUUGUUAUUCUUCUGUUUUCUACUAAAGAGGAAAACAAUUUUCAAGUUCUUUAAACAAAGGCGAUCACACGGGCAGAAGAGCCCCACCCUGGUAGUGUGAUUUUGAAAAGGGAAUAUUUACAUUCAUGUAACUCAAUUCUUUUGUAUUUAUAUAUCUAACACCUAAACAU